AUCAUGUUCUUAAUACUGCUCCUGAUGCUCAUUUGCUGCAUCUUCUUAUACUCAACAUGGAGCUCAAUGUACAACGACCGCAAUCUGCCCCCCGGACCGACCCCUCUGCCCUUUAUCGGAAACCUGCUGCAGAUAGAACGGGGGAAGAUGGCGAAAUCUUUGAAGAAGUUUUCUGAGAAAUACGGCCCGGUUUACACCCUGUAUUUUGGGCCAAAUCCUGUGAUUGUGAUCAGCGGGUACGAGGCUGUCAGAGACGCUCUCAUCAUUCAGGGAGACGACUUUGCGGCCCGCGGGAAACUUCCAACGAUUGACAACUUUGCUCAGGGUUACGGAAUAAGUUUCAGCAACGGGGAGCGAUGGAGACAGAUGCGGGGCUUCACUUUUAAAACCCUGAAGAGUUUUGGAUUUGGGAAGAAAAGCUUUGAGUUAAGAAUCCAGGAAGAAGCGGAAUGCAUGGUGGAGAAACUCAAGAAUCUCAGAGGGCAGCCCACUGAUCCAACCAAAUUAUUCAUGUAUGCUUCUUCCAAUAUCCUUUUCUCUAUCGUAUUUGGGGACCGUUCGGAAUAUAAGGAUGAGAGGUUUUCGAAGCUCCUGGGAUACGUAGAAGAGACCUUUCGUCUGAUAAGCAGCCCCUGGGGACAGUUGCAGAGCGUCCUUCCGCAGGUCAUGAAUUACGUCCCUGGUCCUCAUCAAAAGCUCACAGCCACUUCUGAAGAGAUGGUGACUUUUAUAAAAGAAAGAGUGAAGGCCCACCAGCAGACGCUGGACCCCAACAACACCAGAGAUUUUAUUGAUGCUUUCCUUAUAAAAAUGGAAGAGGAAAAAGAUAAUCCUAACACAGAGUUUAAUAUGAGGAAUUUAUUACUAACAGUCCAUAACCUGUUUAUUGCGGGGGCUGAGGCCGUCAGCACCACCCUGAAACACGGGCUGCUUCUUCUGCUAAAAUACCCCGAGAUUGAAGCCAAAGUCCAUGAGGAAAUUGAUAAAGUGAUUGAACGAGUUCGAGGCCCGAAUAUUAAUGACAGAGUGAAAAUGCCGUAUACAGAUGCUGUGAUUCACGAAAUCCACAGAUUUGCUGACAUUGUUCCCUUUAAUACCCCACAUAUGACAACCAAGGACACAAAGUUUAAAGGAUAUACCAUCCCCAAGGGUACCGAUGUCUACACUCUUCUCUGCUCCGUCCACCGAGAUCCCGGGUAUUUCUCCACCCCGUACAAGUUCAAUCCCAACCACUUUUUGGAUGAGAAUGGCGGCUUUAAAAAGAACGAGGCUAUGAUGGCGUUUUCUGCAGGGAAGCGGGUCUGCCCCGGGGAAAAUCUGGGACGGAUGCAUUUUUUUCUGUUCUUCACCACCCUCCUUCAGAAUUUCACCCUGAGCUCGAAAAGGAAAUUCACCGAGGCGGACAUCGCACCACGAAUGGCGGGGUUUCUAAACACCCCCAUCCGCUACGAGCUUUCAUUUAUCCAGCGCUAAUUCUACAAAGCAUUG